AUGUCAUCGCUACAGCCAAACACAACCAAAGUCAGCGCGACAUCUGUAGUUCCAGUUAGACGAGCUCGUCACACUAUACAUCCUCAAGACAUGGCCAGGACAAAAAGCGGUAAAACUGGCGGCAAGCGCUCCGCUCUUCAAGACGUUGUAACUCGUGAAUACACCAUCCAUCUGCAUAAGCUCGUACAUGGCCGCUCCUUCAAAAAGCGUGCCCCUUGGGCCGUAAAAUCCGUCGUCGAUUUCGCCCGCAAGUCGAUGGGCACAACCGAUGUUCGCUUGGACCCCAAGCUCAACCAGGCAUUGUGGGCUCGGGGUGUCAAGAGCGUCCCCCACCGGAUAAGAGUGAAGCUUGAGCGCAAGCGUAAUGAUGAGGAGGGCGCAAAAGAGAAACUUUACACGUAUGCCAGCCACGUAGUUGUGACCUCGUUCAAGGGCCUCCAAACCGCUGUUGUAGACGCAGAGUAA